AUGAGGGUUCUUACCUUCUUAUACCUCACCUUUUUGUAUCAGCUUUGCGAGGGAGCUGGAAAUGGCAAGAAGGUGGAGGAUUCCAAAGGUACUGUGACGAAAGCUGAUGAUUCUACUAAGCAAGCUGAAGCUACAGAGGUUAAUACAGAACUACUCGAUGUUCUGAGUAUUAGCAAGGUUGAAGACGCUCUUGGUGAAAUGAAUGAGCUCCUAGAGAGAGUUAAAAGAGAGUCUGCUGUUGCUCAGAAUGGGCCUGAUGACAAGGCAAUCUCAAGGCAUCAUGCCCCUGAACUUCCGACUGGUCCUCUACAAGACGAGCCAGACAAGAGUCUUUAA